AUGGCUCCUGAUCACGUUGCCGCUUCCGUCUCGAGUAAGGCUUCUUAUGAAACCGCUUUCGGCGAUAAUCAUCUUAAACGAUCUUCUGACCCGUCAGACACUACUAACGUGCAAAAGUUUUUCAAAGAUGGUGUAUUCUUGAUGGCGCAAUUCAACACCGUGUUGAAGGAACUGGAGCCGAUGGAAAACGAAAUCGCGCGUUUGAAGGCAAUGAGCGAGCGACGGACUUCUCGAUUGAUGUGGCUUGGUCUGGCUUUCAUGGGUAUUCAGGGCGGAAUUUUCGCACGGCUUACUUGGUGGGAGUAUAGUUGGGAUGUGAUGGAACCGGUCACUUAUUUUGCGACCUACAGCGUCGCUAUUGUUUCUUACGCGUAUUUUCUGAUCACUAAGGAGGCACGUGGGUUUUCGUUGAUGCACAUUGCAUCAUUCACUGUAUUAUCUGCGAUCGAUGAUUUUGUUUGUAAUGAACCCAAGAUUAUUAUGUAG